UAGAAAAACAGAGGUUGAAGAUGACAAUGUCCGAACCUUCCGUCAUUUUUCUAAGAAAAGCCUCAACAGAUCUCCAUAUUCUAAGUCCUCCUCCAUUUCCCCUCAAACUCCUCUCCUUCCUCGUUCUUCUCUCUCUCUCUCUCUCUCUCUCCAAAUCCAUUCACAGAGAGAGAGAAAACCAGAAACAGAGCAUACCCCUCCAAAUGGCUUCCUCAUCGGACGAUCAUCAAUCCCAAUCCAAGGCCACCGACCCACCUCCCAUGCCGCCUCCCUCUGCCGGAAACAACCCCCCUCCUGUCUACCCACCACCCACAUUGGGCUACCCUCCUCCUCAAGGCCAUUGCUACCCUCCGGCAAUGGGUUACCCUCCAGCCCCACAUCCAGGGUACCCACCGGCGCCGGGGAAUUACCCUCCUUACAAUCCCUAUUACGCUCAGGCACCCCCAGCGGCGUAUUACAACAACCACCAAAAUUACAGGGCGGAGACGGUGAACACGGGAUUCCUCCGGGGGAUUGUGACGGCGUUGAUUCUGUUUGUGGCUAUAAUGACUCUGUCCAGCAUAUUGACGUGGAUCAUCCUCCGCCCUGAAAUCCCAGUGUUCAGAAUGGAUUCAUUUUCCGUGGUGAAUUUCAACAUCUCGAAAUCGAAUUACUCCGGGAACUGGGACGGGAAUAUGACGGUACAAAAUCCGAACCACAGACUGAACGUGAAUGUGGAACGGGUACAGAGCUUCGUGGACUACAAAGACAAUACGUUGGCAAUGUCUUAUGGGGACCCAUUUUUUCUGGAUGUGGAGAAGAGCAUCCAAAUGAGGGUGAAAUUGACGUCGAGUAGUCCGGAUGAUCCCGGUAGUUGGGCGGAAACAGAGGAUAAGCUGGGGCAGGAGAAGGCAACCGGAACGGUGAGUUUUAAUUUGAGAUUUAUUGCUUGGACAACUUUCCGAUAUGGGUCUUGGUGGACCAGGCGGGUUGUUAUAAGAGUGUUCUGCGAGGAUUUGAAGCUCGUCUUUGCCGGACCCGCCGCCGGUAAGGUCGUUUACUCCCCCAACGUCAACCCCAAGAUUUGUUCGGUUCUGCUCUAGAAUUCCAUCGGAAAGUAGGCAUUGUCUGUGGCUUCGAAGGAUAAGGGUUUAGCAGAAAGAUUUGCAUUCAUAUUUGGAGAUGAUGAAACAUUGAACUUUAGAGAUGUUUUCUUUUUUUAUUUAUUUUUAAAAUUUUU